AUGUGCUUUUCCCCAGAUGGAACUAUAUUGGCAUCGAAUGGAUCCAUAUCUAUUCAAAUAUGGGAUGUUAAAACAGGAAAACUAAAAUUUGAAUUAAAUGGUUUGACUUAAGGGGCAAAUUAAAUUUGCUUUUCUCCUGAUGGCGCAAUAUUGGCAUCGAGUGAGGGGAACUCUAUUUUUUUAUGGGAUAUAAUCACAAGAAAACAAAAAUUUAAACUAAAUGGUCACACUAAUAAUGUAAAGUCAAUAUGGUUUUCUCAAGAUGGUACGACAUUCGCUUCAAAUGACUAAAACUCUAUUCGUUUAUGGGAUGUUAAAACAGGAAAAAUAAAAUUUGAAUUAAUUUGUCACCCUCAAACUGUCACUUUAAUCUGCUUUUCUCCUGAUUCCUUUACAUUAGCAUCUGGUAGUAGUGAUAACUCUAUCCGUUUAUGGGAUGUUAAAACAGGAAAACUCAAAUUUGAAUUAAAUGGUCACACUUAAUCAGUAUGUUCAAUCUGCUUUUCUCCUGAUUCCUUUAUAUUAGCAUCUGGUAGUAGUGAUAACUCUAUCCGUUUAUGGGAUGUUAAAACAGGAAAACUCAAAUUUGAAUUAAAUGGUCACACUUAAUCAGUAUGUUCAAUCUGCUUUUCUCCUGAUGGUUCUACAUUAGCAUCUGGUAGUUACGAUAAGUCUAUACGUUUCUGGGAUGUAAAAACAGUAAGUCCAAAAUUUUCAAUCAAUAAAAAUAGUGAUAGAGUUUGGCAAGUGUGUUUUUCUCCAGAUAGUCCUUCUUUAGCAUCUGUCUGCGAUGACAAUUAUAUAUAUUAAUGGGAUGUUAAUACAGGAAACUUAAAAUCUUUAUUAAAAGGGCAUAAUAACUUUUUUAAUACUAUAACUUUUUCUCCUGAUGGGUUAAUGUUAGCAAUAGUUAGUGAUUAUUCUUUUAUUUUUCUUAUGGAGGCAAAAACAGGAAAAUGCUUAUAUAAAUUUGAAGGUCAUGAUGGAAAUAUCAAUUAAAUUUGUUUCUCUCCUGAUAGCACAUAAUUAGCAUCAGGUGGUUACGAUACAUCUAUCCUUUUAUGGGAUGUUUAAACUGGGCAACAAAAAUCUUAAUUAAAUGGCCAUCUUUAUUGUGUUAAUUCAAUAUGCUUUUCUCCUGAUGGUUCUUAUUUAGCAUCUGGUAGUUGGGAUAAUUCUUUCUGCAUCUGGGAUGUUAAAACUAGCCAAUAAAAUGAUUAAUUAAAUGGUCAUAGUGAUUGUGUGUCUUCGGUAUGCUUUUCACCAAAUGGUACUCUAUUAGCAUCUGGUAGUUUUGAUAAUUUAAUCAUUCUUUGGGAUGUUAAAACAGCCAUAUAAAAAUCAAAAUUUGAAGGUCACACUCAAGGUGUGAAUUCAAUCUGCUUUUAUCCAGAUUCUACUAAAUUGGCAUCUGGUAGUAAGGAUUUGUCAAUCUGCUUAUGGGAUGUUAAAACAAGACAACUAAUAUCAUAGUUAUUUGGUCAUAGUUCCAGCGUUAGGUCAGUAUCCUUUUCGCCUAAUUGUAAUAUAUUGGCAUCAAGUAGUGAUGAUGGAUCUAUAUGUUUAUGGGAUAUGGCAAAAGGAUAAAAAAUUUAGGAUUUAGAUAAAUUUUGUCAAGAAAUUCCUACCAAAUUUCAGAAUCCCAUUAAAACAUUUUCUUUAUUCAAUAAUGAUAAGUUUGGUAAUACUUUCAAUUUUAUAUAGUUAUUCCCUAUACCAAACUACUUAUAUCUUCAGAUCCAAUAUUAUAGGCAUAAGGGGCGUUUAUUUUUAAUGGAGAAUUCUCAACACAUUUAAAUACAGAUUUAUAAGAAUUAUUGAAAUAGAAAGGAAGUUAUAUUUUAGAAAAUAAAUUUAAAUUAUUUUAAAAUGCAUCCUAAAAUUGA